GGCAGAUCCUUCGCCCUUGUCACGCCAUUUGGCCAGAUCAUCUCUUGGCAAGGACAAAGCACCCGUGUCGGAUAAGAAGGCCAUGCGACGCUACUCACACAAUGCAGUGGAACGACGCCGGCGUGACAACAUCAACGAGUCGAUCCAAGAACUGUCGCAUAUCGUGCCAGCUACCAUGCUAGGGACAGCAGCGCCUCAGACACACAGCCCACCUCCACAGGCCUCUCCCGUUGGCGGCAACACGGUACCUGCGGCCAAGCCCAACAAGGGUGUCGUGCUGCGCAAAUCUAUUGAGUACAUUGGCAUGCUUCGCUCAGAACUGGACCGACGGAAUGAGCGCGUACGAGUGCUGGGUAUACCUUCUUGAGAGUGAAAUGAAACAUGGCUAACGUGAAGAAUCGGAAAUUCAGCGGUUGGGUGGUGUUGUGCCUGCUGAACGGCCUGUUGUCCCUACAAGUCCAUUAUCGAUGUGGCAGGACGAAUCUGCCAU